CCCGAGCGACCUCGCUCCCCUGCCGUUGCCGGCAACCGCGUCACCAGGAUCCAGCAAGGAAGAAAGAUCCUCGCGCCAAGCAACCCUCCUGGCCGCCUCCCUCCUCCCGUGCUUCAAACCAGGGCGGAUUGGAACCAGUGCUUGAGCCCUCCUGUACCUCUCCUCGUGCUCGGUCGCCUCAACGUCGUCGUCCCCUUCGUCUUCCCCUUCCGUUCCUUCCUUCCUCCUUCCAUGCCGAACUCCCUCCAACUCCCUCUGUUUUUCUUUCACAGGGAGAACAAGACAAGCCGGCCUCCAUGGAUUUCGCACCGGAGCUCCAUUCACACCGGAUCCCCCUCUUCGACCUUCGCUGACUUCGUUCCGUGCCUCCCUGUGAUCGUCGGGGCCGCCAAGUCCCACACCGCCGCUGGUCUUCUACCUGUCGAGGAGAGGAGGACGAAGCCCCUGCCUCGAGCCACUCCACUGCCACCAUUCCUCUGCUUCGUCUGCUUCCAGCGGGACCACGAGGUGUGCCCGCAGCCCCAAGCUCACCGUCCUCCCGCCGGAGAGCUCCACUAGGAGCGCCGCCAGGCCUCUGCUCCCGUUCCCGUCACUCCGCCGAGCGCCAAGUCCCAUUCCGCCGUCGUCCGAAACCUCGCUGCCGUUUUCCUUCAGAUAUGAGCAGAUCAGCGCCACAUCCUGCUUCGUCUGAAUUGAAGACAGGCGCGCUGCCCUCGUGCGUUGACCGCGCAAGCGCUCCCCUGCCUCGUCUUCGCCAUGGGCCUCCAGCGCCAAGGCCCAUCCGCCGCUCUACUGCUUCCCUGGCCCAGCGCGCCCCUCUUCUCUCCGUUGUGGGCCUCAGCCCAAUGGGUGAGCUGCUCCCAAAUGCCUCUCUAUUAGCCCAAGAACAGAUUCGACCCGAUGUAUUUUUUUCUGCUAUGAACAAAUUUUGCUAUUUACAAAAAACUGCAUAUUUACAGAUUACCCCUUGCUCUUCAUGCAUUUAAUAACUCUCAAACCAUGCAUCCAUAUUAAACAAACUUUAUAUGAAACUUGCUUAGAAUUUUGUCUAGUUUAAUAAUAUGCAACUUUCAUGCAUGUUUGAAAUGUUUAAUAUGCUGUUUGGUUAAAUUUGCUCCUAUGCCAUGUUAAAAUGCUUUAAUUCAUAACUAAAUAACCGUAGCUCGAUUUCUAAUAAACUUUAUAUGUAAAU